CAAAUUUACAGCAUGCGCUGAGUGACGUCAGGAUGUGUUGACAUUCUUCGGCAGGCGGACAUCAGCGGUCCUGCACAAAAUGCAAGUGGGCACUGUGUAUGCCAGCAGUUAUGUCGUGCCUCAUCCCCACUCGGCUAUUAAUUUGGCUGUACACCUCAUCUUCAAAUGCAUUUUUUCAGUGGAAGGGUGCUUUUGUCAAGACUGCCACAGUUUACGGUGUGACGUUUCUCCUGGUGCUGCCGCUACUGUGCCACAAUCUACCGUAUUCGGUGUACUUCAUCGCACCUCACGACAUUGAGCAAAGACCUGUCCGGCUCAACCAACACAGGGUGGAAGAGGCAGAGCAGUAUCUCUCAAAGCUGGAGACAAACGGUCCCCUGAAGGCACUGCCGACAUCCAGCAAUCUGCAAAUCGCCAUCGGGGUCGUUAGCGUCUCGCGCAAGGUCAAGACAGUGAACACGAAGUACCUCACGCAGGUGAUGGUAGGGCUGCACGAUAUCAUAACCAGGGCGGGUGUCGCGGACAAGGUCUUCGCUUUCAUCUGUAACACCCAGAAGGCAACACAAACGCACCCGGAAGCAGACGAUCUGGCCAGUUACUUCCAUGUGGCCCGGUUCCCGCCCAACCGCACGCGGCACAACGCCUGGAGGCACGAAGAAGAGAAGGAGAGUUACUCCUUCUGUUUAGAAACCGCCGCCAAGUUCAACGCCCGGUACGUCCUGCUGAUGCAAGACGACGCGCUGCCGCACGCCAAUUUCUACGAAGUCGUCGACCACCUGUUGCGGCACCGCUUGGAGAGCACCGUCUCCCAGGGACAGCCCGUGGACGGCGCUCACGACUGGGGCUGGCUCAAGCUGAACUUCCCCAACGAGUUUGCCAACUACCACCGCAGCCCUUUCUUUGUCUUCGACUGGGUCGCGCUCUCGCUCGUUGGGGCCAGCCUAACUUCCAUCGUCUACACAAUCUACACCAAACAAGACCCUCCUGCCAUCCCCAAUCCUCCCCAGAAAAAGACGUAUCGCAACCGCCACUCUUGGACCACGUAUUACAUCUUCGUGGUGAGCUUCGGCUACUUCUUUCUUGCCGUCUGGCUGAUCGGCCGGCAGUACUUCCUCCGACUCUACGGUCUGUCCAAGUACUUCGCCAGGCUGGACCCAGGUACCACCUGCUGCAUUCCUGCUGUCCUCUUCCCCCAGGAAAGAGUCGCAGGCCUGGUGGAGUACCUCAACGAUGUUUUCUGCAAGCCGGGGUUCCCCUUGGACUUCGCUCUUGAGGUGUAUCGGGAACGAGAAAACCUGAGACAGUACCUGGCUGUGCCCAAUCUCUUCUCGCACAUAGGGUUCUACUCUGCCCUGCGUGGAGGAACGAACAGGGGGUUAGCGUAUGCCUUCCUGGACGAGUUCACAUUUCUUUGAAGAUUGUUGCAGUCGAGUUCAUCAGAAGUCUGAUAAAAAAA